AAACACUGUGCAGAACGCUUCGUAGGCUUACGAGCGAGAAGGCGCCUCGUACCGCUCAAACAACGGCGCCACAAAGCCGGUCGCCGACGCACGUGUUAGUCAAACAGCCCCGACAAUCUCGCAAAGCGGCAGCAUGGACUUCCUCGAGUUUCCCGACGUAUUCAAGGAGGACCGCGGCGCAAUGACAUCGGGCCGACUGAAGAUGACCAACCAGGGAGUCGUCUUCAAGAACAGCAAGACGGGAAAAGUGGAGCAAGUGCAGGGUUCCGACAUGGAAAGCAUCAGCUGGCAGCGCCUGGGCGCCGGCUACGGGCUCCGCAUCAUGAUGAAGACGGGCGGCAUGUACCGUUUCGGCGGCUUCCAAGACGACGAGCAGGAGCGCCUCGCCAAGUUUUUCCAGCAUCACUUCGAGCUCCCGCUCGCGUCGCGCGAACUGUGCCUCAAGGGUUGGAACUGGGGCACGGCGCGCUUCGAAGGGAGCGUCCUCUCGUUCGACGUGGAUAAGAACUCGGCCUACGAGAUCCCGCUGAGCAACGUGUCGCACUGCACCACGGCCAAGAACGAGGUGACGCUCGAAUUCCACCAGAACGACGACGCGGCCGUGUCACUGAUGGAGCUGCGCUUUCACAUCCCGACCGACCCCAACUCGGAUAUGGACGCGAUACAGGCCUUCCGAAACAACGUGCUCUCCAAGGCCAGCAUCAUCCAGGCGACGGGAGACGCCAUGGUCACCUUCAAGGAGCUCCAGUGCCUCACGCCUCGCGGUCGCUACGACAUCAAGAUCUUCCCGUCCUUCAUCCAGCUCCACGGCAAGACGUUCGACUACAAGAUCCCGCUCACGACGGUGCUGCGCCUGUUCCUGCUGCCGCACAAGGACAAUCGCCAGGUGUUCUUCGUGCUCAGCCUGGAUCCGCCGAUCAAGCAGGGUCAGACGCGCUAUCAUUUUCUCAUACUUCUCUUCAACAAGGAAGAAGAGACGAGCAUCGAGCUGGCGCUGUCGGACGCCGACAUCCAGGAGAAGUUUGAAGACAAGCUGCAGAAGAAUAUGUCGGGCCCCACGUUCGAGGUGAUCAGCCGCGUCAUGAAGGCCGUGGUGCAGCGAAAGAUCACCGUGCCGGGCAACUUCAAGGGCCACGGCGGCACCAACUGCAUCACCUGUUCGUACAGGGCGGGCAACGGACUGCUCUACCCGCUCGAGCGGGGAUUCAUAUACAUUCACAAGCCGCCCGUACACAUUCGUUUUGAUGAGAUCGCCUGCGUCAACUUCGCACGUAGCGGUGGGAGCACGCGAUCGUUCGACUUUGAGGUGGAGGCCAAGAGUGGUCUCGUCCACACAUUCAGUAGCAUUGAGAAGGAAGAGUACGGGAGGCUCUUCGACUAUGUGAGUGACAAGAAGCUCCGCAUCAAGAACCGUGGGUCGCUCGGAACUACCAAGGAAAAGCCAAACUACCAGGACGACGAGCUAAUCGACUCUGAUGCAGAGGAUGCCCCUGACGCUUAUUUGGCUCGAGUCAAAGAUGAAGGUCGCCAGAGGGACGAAGUGGAUUCUGAUGAAUCUUCAGACGAAUCGUUCAACCCCGGCGAGUCUGGCAGUGAAGUAGCUGAGGAGUUUGACAGCAACGUAGAGUCUAGCUCAGACAGUGAUGCUGGCAGUGGCGAAGGAAAGGGCAGUGGUAGCGGAAGCGGCAGUGACAAACCAAAGAAAGAAAAGAAGGAAAAGAAGUCGAAGAGUGCCAAAACUGUCAAAGAGCCUGGCAUGAAACAGCGAAAACCACGCCGGCCAAAGAAGGAGCGGGAUGCCAACAAGCCCAAGCGGCCACCAAGUGCCUACUUCCUGUGGCUUGCCGAAAACCGUGACAAGAUCAAAAAGGACAACCCAGGUUUCGGCAUCACUGAUGUGACCAAGCGUGCUGGCGAGCUAUGGAAAGAGGUGACAGACAAGACAAAGUGGGAGGAACAGGCUGCCGAAGCUGCAGCUAAGUACAAGGAAGACAUGGCUGCCUAUCAGGCUAGUCUGAAGGACCGACCCCAGGAGAGUGAUGACGAGAAAGAAGAGAAAAAGCCGGUCAAAAAGAGCAAACCGCCGAGUGCACCUAAACCCAAGCCCACGUCGUCGUCAUCAUCACCUCUAAAGGGAAAUUUCAAGAGCAAGGAGUACAUCAGUAGCUCGGGCAGCAGUGACGACGAGAAAAGUAAGAAGGUCAAGAAAGAGCCUAAAGAAUCGCCUGCAGGAUCACCUGCAGGAUCCGCUGCAGAAUCACCCAAAAGUUCACCUGUUCGAGUCAAGUCUGAGGAUGAGGAAGAGGCAUCAGCAAGCACUCCUGCUUCUUCAGGGGACGAGAACAUGUCAGGAAGUGGGGAUGAUGACUGAUUGAUUGUCUUUGUUUUCCCCUUUAACAUUCUUGCAUUUUUGAAGUCUGUUUUUGCAAACAGCUUUUGUUGCACACUGUUAUGUAUGUACAAUUGUAUAUAAACCUUAUCGAGAACAUCUCGAAA